GAGUACAAAUUUUUCCGUCCAAAAAUAUUGUUUCAAUACAUUUGAUAUUUUUAAAUUCCCGCCAGACUCCCAUCUAAUUUUCGCUUCUCCUUUAACCUUUUGCUUCCAUUGUUACUGACCUGAGAAAGAACGGGAACAGAGAUUGAAGCAAUCAAAGUGAAAAUCGCAGCUAAUUCGUACCAAUUAGACCAGGUAUGGAAAAUGUGGUUGCAACUGUGAGUGGUUAUCAUGGGUCUGAUAGGUUCAAGCUCAUCAAGCUUAUUUCUCAUUCUGGAGCAAGUUAUGUUGGGGCAAUGUCAAGAUCUAUUACACAUUUGGUGUGUUGGAAAUUCGAGGGUAAAAAGUAUGAUCUUGCGAAGAAGUUUGGUACAGUAGUAGUGAAUCAUCAAUGGGUUGAAGAAUGUGUUAGGGAAGGGAGGCGAGUUUCUGAGACGCCUUAUAUGUUUGAGAGUGGGGAAGAGGUUGGACCGUUGAUGGUUGAACUUCCCGCGGUUUCUGGGGAAGCUAAGGUUACUAAGAAAGUGAAUAAGGCUGCUGAAACUUUUGAGAAAUACUUUAGUAAAGGUGAAGAAAACCGGAGUGGCUCCACUUCUGAGCUUGCCACUUGGAUGGACUCUGUCUUGUUGAAGGAGAAAAAUGUAGAAGCAAACAGACACUCAGUGCGAUUAAGAACAAAGAGGCCGAGUAAUAUUUUUGAAGACAAGGAAAACACUGGCGUGGCAAAAUCCUCGCGGAAGGGAAAGAGGCAGUUAGUAAAGCAACGCUCUUGCAGAAACCUUAUUGACCUAGAAUCUGAUGAGGAAUCUGAUAAUAACCGUCAUGAAAACUCUGAUGAGAACCGAAAUGAGACUCAGGAUCCUAGAGAGCCUGCUGAUGAAAAUGAGAGGGGUUGUGUUUUCGAACAAGGAGAAACAUCAGCUCUUCGACAUCCUGGAGACUCUGCAACACAAAACUGGGAUGUAGAUGAAAUAGAAGAGUCUGAGAAUUGGAGUCAUUCAGCUGUUUUUAAACGUCCAAGAUCAAUUAGUCCAGAGAUAAAACCGCAAGAUGAUGGGUCAAACUACAACAAACCCGAAUCAACAAGAGACGAGACAGAAGCAACUCAGAAGGCUACUGCACAGGUUUCUUGUAUCAUAUGCUGGACCGAGUUCAGUUCCAGUAGAGGCAUUCUCCCUUGCGGCCACAGGUUUUGUUAUUCGUGCAUCCAAAAAUGGGCAGACCGUUUGGUUUCCGAAAGAAAGAAAACAACAUGUCCAUUGUGCAAGUCCAAUUUCAUCACCAUCACAAAGAUAGAAGACGCUGAUUCUUCCGAUCAAAAGAUAUAUUCACAAACCGUCCCUGACUUAUCUUCAACAAAUAACACCCUUGUAGUACUCCCUGAAGAAGAACAAAGACAAACUUUUAAUCCACUAACUCGAGCUUCAGGUUGCAGCAGAUGCUACUUGACUGAGCCAGAGGAGCUUCUCAUAAGAUGUCACCUCUGCAAUUUCCGGCGAAUCCACUCGUAUUGUUUAGACCCUUAUCUACUUCCUUGGACCUGCAACCAUUGCAAUGAUCUUCAGAUGAUGUACCAGCGUCGUCACUACUAAAUGUUUGAUAUUUGAAAUGAUGGACAUUAACAAUAUCUCCCAUUGUUAUAUUUGAAAUGAUGGACAUUAAUAAUAUCCCCCAUUGUUUAUGGUUUUUAAACUCGUUAUGAAAUUAUCCUCUUUCUGUUAAAUAGAAAUAAUCUGAAGAAAAAAAA